AUGUCUUAUGGUUCACGAUGGGCAAAUAAAAGAAGUUCGGGAAUAAAAAAUAAUUACGAUGUUGAUGAUGAAGAACUUUUAAGUAUUGAAGGAGGAGAAUACUUCCUUCCGAGUGCUGAUAAAGAUAUCGAAAGAUUACAAAUGCAGCAUUUUCUUUUUAGAUACAUCUGGGAUGGAAAUUUUACAUCUCCGAUCCAUGAUAACUUUAUUGAUGGUGGUGUUAAAGUGUUGGAUAUUCAAUGCGGUUCCGGAAUCUACAUUACAGAUUUGGCUACUCAGUAUCCGACAUCAACCUUUAUCGGAGUUGAUGAUGAUGAAGCUCAUGACACUUUUGACUUUGUGAGCCAAAGAUUUUUCACAGCUAUGUCCGUUAAUAAAUGGGAAAUGUUUAUUUUACCAGAAAUUGUCCGAGUUUUAAAACCAAAUUCAUUUUUUGAAUUAAUGGAGAUGCCAGCUUGGAGUAAUAUGGGUCCUGUAACAAAACAAAUAUUGAAAUCUUUCGAUGAAUAUCUAGAAACAAUAAAUGUUCAUCGUACAGAACCUCUUCAAUUGGAACAGAUUUUAAAACUCUCAGGACUUGUCAAAGAUAUUCAUUGUUAUUCAAAAACUACGCAUUUGUGGAGAGGAAUGGUCGGUCAAUUGCUUUUCCGAAAUCAACUUCAAAAAAUUGAAUCAUGGAAAUCUGGUCUAUGUGAAUAUUUGAAAAUAAGCGAAAAGCAUUUUAAUAGUAUGACUGAAACAAUGCAAGAUGAAAUAAUCAAUUAUAAAACUUCACUUACGACUUAUAG